AUGCCUUUCAACAUAGAACCAUUGAAGCCCGAUAUGGGUAAAAGAACCAAGUUCGGAGCCAGGAUAACUGGCUUAGAUAUCAAUAAUAUUUCAGGACCAUUCGCUCAUGCAGUUGCUACAGAUGAAGACCUUAGUGACUUAAAGAGUCUUGUGUGGAAGUAUAAGCUCUUGAUAAUCAAGGGGCAGAACAAUCUCGAACCAAUCAAACAAUGGGAAUUGAUAGCUCGGCUGGACCCUGAAGCUGGCCCACAGAAUCCAGAACUCUUCAUGAAGGAUUUCCAUCCAGACGGAGGAGGAAUCUUGAAGAUGAGAGGAGUAACUGGAGUCCCUGGUGCCGAGAAUGUUCAUGUGAUCGGCAAAGGAUAUCAGGGUCAUGACCACUACGGGUUGAAGGAUUUGAAUCUCAACAAGUCCUUCUCAUACGAGAACCAUCACCCAUUUCUUCCACAUGAAGAACUUGAGAGAGGACACACCAGAUUCCAGGGUUGGCACUUUGAUGCUCCACUAUAUAGCAGAGAUCCACCAUGGUUCACAGCUUUCCGCGUGCUUAAGCUGCCCACAGGGCCCGAGGUGACCAUCCAGUGGGAUGACGGGUCUGGCUAUAGCAUGAGCUCAGCCCCAGGGCUUACCCCAUUUUUCUGCUGCUCACAACUUUACGAAGAGUUUCUGACCGAAGAAGAGAAGAAAAUUGCUGAUAAUAGCUGGAUCGAGUACGCGGCGUUGCCAUACGAGUGGAAUCGGAACUGCAAAGUCUUCCCAACUGGAUUAGGCCUCGUCAGUCAGGGAAAGGAGUUACCUGAACAAGAGCUGAAUAAAAUAGGCGCAGAGAAAGAAAAGAUUAAAAAGUACCCAAUGGUCUGGGUUAAUCCAGAUACUGGUCGAAAAUCCUUUCAAGUUCAAGCAAAUGCGGCAAGAAGACUCUUCAUCCGUCAUGACGCAGAUGACGAUCCCAUGAUUAUUGACGAUCUUUCGGAAGUUCGCCGCUUUUUGCUCGACAUUCAACGUCGUAUUUUAAAACCAGAAUAUAUCCUAAUUCCCCCUGAGGAGGAAGGGGACCUACUUUUAUGGGAUAAUUGCGCCACAAUGCACACUCGUGUGGACUAUCCUGCCGCCUACGGCUCUAAGGCGUGUCAUCAAGCUGGAACAAAUGCAAGCAAAGGUCCGGAAGGCCCGGUUACGAUUCCAAGUUUGUCGGGGAAAUCCGCUCCAAUUCGAGUUCCUCCAGUGUAG